AUGGAAGCGAUGGCCAUUAUCGUUCAGUGGGUAGGUCUUUACUUUACUGGAAAAUAUCCGAGUAUUCUGAUCCCGUCUUACGAUCAUGGUAAUUGCUCAUUUUCAGGUGAAGUAUAUGACGAAAGUCCUUUUGCUGCUUGGCGACCAUACAAAAACGAAUUUAAUAAUGCAGUUGAAAGGAUAUCGGCCCACUGUGGAUGUGAACGAAAUACUGUGGAGGCUAACCUACGAUUAUUUAUAAGUGUGUAUCAAUUUUCUUUAACUGAUGCUGUCGAGGCACUCAUUCAGGCCAAAGGUAAUCGAGAUGAGGCCUACAAACUCCUAAAGCGGAAAUACACCUCUUAA